GCGACAUCCUCCUCUCCCUCCCACCAUGGCCGGCCAGCCUGUCCUUAGGAUGUUCAACUUCCGCUCGCGCUCUCCGGCGGGUGUAAAGAAUCACCCAGCGUCCGAGCCAGGGAAACAGGGCACUGCCGACCAUGUUGUGCCCGAACUACACGCGGAUGCCCCGCAUCCUGAGCCUGUAACGCAGGACGCGCCUUCCUCUGAGCCUGCAGCUGCACCGCUAUCCGCAGCCCUUGCAGCAGAGAACGCCAAGAAACCCCAGAGUGCGCCGCGCCGCUUUUCAUGGAUGCCUCUCAGCAAGAACGGCAACGGCGACCCUAAGCCCUCUGUCAAGAAGGAAGUCAGGAAAACUAAGGUCGCACAGCUACCGGUUCGCCCUGCACCCCUUAAUCGCACUCGUUCGGAGAAGCAAGCUCAGCAGUCUGCCCUGCUUCUCCGCGAGCUUAUCGUUGGUCCGUCAUCCAAUGCAUCUGCCAAGACGAAGACGCAUGCGAUGUCCAACGCGGAAGUCGAGAAGGUCAAGGCGCAACUUGCGCGUCCCCAGUCCGCGAACAAGGUAAUUGCGCAGCUCCGGCAGCUGUCGUCGUCGGACGAGCCGGUGGUCGUGGGGACGGGGCCGAAUGGGGAAACGCUGACCGCUCUACCCAAGGGACCCAUCCAUGCUGUCUGUCUCCCAUACACCGACGCAGAGGCCCACGACCGCCACUUUGCACAGCUCACCAAGGACAAGGCGGCGGCCGCGCAGCCGGCAACAGCCAGUGUCGCCAACGCAUCAAUCACGACACUCAAGACCGUCUUCUCAGAGAUCAACCUUGUCAGCCUUGUGACAACACCUGACCUGGGGUUGGGCGGCGCUCCUGAUGGCCCCGGCUUGUUGAGCGGUGCUCUUCCUAGUGCACAGGUAAUUAUCCAGGGUAUCGAGCAGAUCACCCCGCAGUGGCUAGCUUUAGGAUAUGCAACUGGGAAGGCAGUAUUGCCUGAUCAUGCUGGCAUAUACCCACCUACUGACCGUAUGUCAGCCGUCACAUACUGGUGGGGUUUCGAGAUCAUUCUUCCUCCGCCCUCAUUGCAAUACCUCCAGGGCGUCCCCUCUAUCACCCAUGCCGUGAUCAACUUCCUCACCGCACUUUCCCUCGUUGAAGGCGGCGUGCGCGAGAUAAUGCCCUUCGUGCGGUACAUCUCGUCCUUCAUCGACACAGAGUUUAGCAUGAUUCAGGAGCAAGAUCAGGGCCAGGGCGUGGUAUGUGCUGCCACUUGGCUCGUGCCUGCGGCUCUUGUGCCUCGACCGUGGGACUUCGCGCAGCCUCCAAAGUCGUCAGCGCCAUCCACAACGGCUCCUGAGGACAGCGUUGAGCAGGGCACUACCCCUACGCCUGCUCCUACUGCCCCCGAGCCGAACUCCGCGCCGAUAGUGGUGGCGAGUGAUAAGGCUCCAAGCGCGCAGACAGAGCCCACACAGAAUGUCCCGAAGGUGGAGGUGACACCGCCCACGCCCCCGGCGUCUCAGACGUUAAACACGGCGGGUGUGUCUGCCAACAGCGGUGAGAAUGUGACUGCUGGGGACGCCACUGCACCUGCCACUGCACCAAGCGCGUAA